CAAAGCUUGAAGCAGCUUUGGAAGCAAUCCAAGAGAGCAAGAGAAACCAAAUCGCAAACAAGGCCCAAAAACCUGAAACGAAAACCUAAACAAAGCGAAAUUAAUUUGGCAUUCAUUUAAUAAUUAAUUGAAGAAAUUUUGUAAUAAUGGCUGAAGUCGCCAGAUCGAAGGGACAGGAGCAAGUGGAGCUCCUGGACUGUGACAUUGAUUUUGAGGAGCAGGCUGCAGUGGAGCAGGAAGAGCCCCAAACCUCGCAAGAAGUGGUUAGCAAGAGGAAGGCCAAGUCGAAUAAAUUGUUCCAAAAGGCCAUUAAGAAGGCUGCCAAGGUUCAGUGCAUGUUGGAGCAGGCUAUUGUCCUUUUGGCUGAGGAGCAGGACACCAACGAAAAGAAGUCCAGCAAGAAGCAGCAGAAAAAGAAGGAAAAGAAGAACAAGAAGAAGGCCAAGAAGCAGCAAAAGAAGCAGCAGCAGUUGCAAACGGAGCAACAGGAUGGGGAACAGGAUCCGGAGCCAGUGAAUCGUUCGCGUUCCAACAGUGUUAGUUCGACCUCAAGUUCAUCCUCCAGUUCCUCGUCUUCGAGUUCAUCUAGUAGCUCGAGUUCGGAAAGCGAGCCCGAUUACUACUCCUAUGGCUGGGGUAGAGUUGGCCGACACUGGGGCGGCGGACCAUUCGGUCAUCAUGGCCAUGGCCGUAGACAUGGUCAUGGUCAUGGACCUGGUCAUUGCCGGCGUGAUCGCUCUAGAUCUCGUAGCCGUUCGCAUAGCCGUCAACAUCCCAAUCAUCCUGGACACAGGCAUGGCGGUCCUUGGCAUCCAGGUCAUCACGGACAUGGACAUGGACACGGACACGGACAUGGUCACGGUCACAGACACGGACACGGACAUGGCCACGGCCAUGAUCGUCAUCCUCAUCACUUUGGGCCACAUCCUCAUCACUUUGGGCCACACCCUCAUCACUUUGGACCCCACUUUUUUGACAGUCCGGCCACUUAUGGUCCCCCAUUCCCAUGGGGUCCAGUUGAUUGGCAAGAUCAGUUUUUUCGGAGGAGCGGCCUGCCGUGGGCCUGGAAUCCAAGAACGGCGGGGUGGACCCAGCGCAGCACAAGUCUACCUAGAUGGACAUCAUGCCGUGGACAUCCAGGAAAUCAGCGACACGGACACGGACAGCGACAUGGCCGCAAGGGUCGUCACGAUGAGCGUAGAGUAGAUCGUUCCAGAUCCAGCUCCAGCUCCAGCUCAAGUUCUAGCUCCAGUUCGGAGGAUGAAGAAAAGGAGAACAAGAAAUGCAGACGCGGACGCAAACAUGGCCGUAAGCAUGGAGGCGGACAUUGCCAAAAUGAUCGUCGCGAUCGUUCCAGCUCUUCUUCAAGUUCAAGUUCGAGCUCCAGCUCGGAGGACGAGAAGGAGGAGAAGAAGAAAUGCCAGCGUGGACGCAAGCAUGGACGUAAACAUGGUGGCAACCAUAGCCAUAAGGAUCGACGUGAUCGUUCCAGUUCUUCUUCAAGUUCAAGCUCCAGCUCGGAGGAUGAGAAAAAGAAGGAAAAUAAGUGCAAGCGUGGACGCAAGCAUGGACCUAAACAUGGAGGAAAACACGACCACAAGGAUCGCCGCGGUCGCUCAAGCUCGAGUUCCAGUUCAAGUUCUAGUUCCGAUUCGGAAGGCGGUAAGAAAUUCACAGAUGGCAAACAUGGACGUCCACACCAUCGACAUGAAGACGGUCCAUGGCCUCAUCAUGGGCCACAUGGCGGUCCUCACCGUCCCCACGGCGGUCCUCAUCAUGGUCCUCAUCAUGGUCCCCAUAAUGGCCCACAUCAUGGCCCACAUCACGGACCUCAUCAAGGACCUCAUCAAGGACGUCAUCAUGGCCCACAUCAAGGACGUCAUCAUGGUCCUCAUCAUGGCCCACAUGGCGGUCAUCGUGAUCCAUGGGGUGCCAUGUUUUAAAGCUGCCUAAAAUGGACCAAUUCAAUUAUAUAGCCUUUAAAAGUUAAUCUUCAAUAUUAUCCACUACACAAAAAAAAAGUUUUAAAACAAAAAAAACAACGAAAAAAAAAAACACCAAAGCUUUACAAUUAUUAUAUAACAUUCACCUACUCUGUAUUAUUCAAUUACUAUAUAUAUAUAAUAACAAAAUAAAGAAAAUUAUAAAAAAAUAA